AUGGAUUCAAAUGUGUUUGUAGUUGUACUAUAUGAUGGGGCUUGGGCAGUUGAAGGUUUCAACUGGAUAUUCAAUAAUCCAAAAAGUAAGAUGUUAAUGUUUGAGGUUGACACUACUUUAGAAAAGAUGAAUGAUAUUUUGUAUGAAGAGUUGGAUAUAGACCCUAUUGUGUAUAAACUGAAAAUAGAGGUGUGUUAUAUGUACAUGAAAGGCAAUAUGAUACCGCCAGAAGUUUUAGUGAAAGAUAGUCAAGUAAGAUUGUUCUUAAGAAUGAAGGCAAAAAUGAGUGUGGAGAACUUGCUGCCACUGUUUGUGACUAAGGUUAAAAGGCAUGCGCUUUUGGGGCCUACUCCGCCAACUGUCCUCCCAAGAAGUGUUGUUGGGAGUUUUGUCCCAGAAACAGAUCCAGCCGUAGGGAUGAAUGAGCAGGCCCCUACUAAUAUAGAUGAGGAUAAUAGGGUUGACUAUGAAUUUGACCAGUUCAAUGAGUUUGAUGGUGCAUUUUACAACAAUGAUCCUAUAGUAGAUUUGAACGAGGAUGGUGAUGCGGAGUUGGAAGUUCAUGAACCUAUGAGGGAAGACAUAGAGGAAAAUAAUGUUUAUACAACUUCUCUUACUGGUACACAUUCAGGGGAAAUAUAUGUUGGCAAGCUGUAUACAAAUAAGACUGAAUUGAAAAAUGUGGUUGGAAGGUUUGCAUUGAAAAUGAAUUUUGAGUUCAUGGUGAAGAAGUCUGGGACCGAUGUUUUUUAUGCAACUUGCAGGGGUUCAGAUUGCAAAUGGAGAGUGAGGGGGAGGAAGAGGGCACGUUGUGACAUGUUUGAGGUUACUGUAUUCCACAACGAACACACAUGUAGCCUGGAUUGUAGACAUCCUGAUAACCGUCAAGCAGUACCGUGGGUUGUUGGCCACCUCAUUAAGAACAAGUUCAAAUCAGAUGGAACUAAGUAUAAAGCUAAAGACAUACAAAGGGAUAUGUUUCAGGAGUAUGGGAUCAAGAUGAGCUAUGAGAAGAAGAAUCCAGGUACUAUUACAGACAUUAUCACAGAGGAUAACAGGUUCAAGUACUGUUUCUGGUCACUGGCUGCUUGUAGGAGGGGAUUUAAGUUUUGUCGUCCUGUGAUUAGUAUCGACGGCACGUUCUUGAAGACAAGGUUUGGGGGCACAAUGCUAGUUGCUGUAGCGUACGAUGCAAAUAACCAAUUGUUUCCGAUUGCCUUUGCAAUUGUUGACAGCGAGAAUCAUGACUCUUGGAAGUAUUUCUUGCAGAAGUUAAAGGAAGCGAUUGGGGAGGUUGAAAACUUAGUGUUUGUAUCGGAUAGGCAUCAAAGCAUUGAACAUGUUGUCGAGGUUAUUUUCCCCGAAGCAUGCCACUGUGCAUGCUACAAACAUAUUUCUAUGAAUGUCACCCACAAGUUCAAGACUGAUGUAUGUAACACGCAAAUAUGGCUGGCCGCUUACGCAUGGUCGAAGAGGGAAUGUGAUAGACAUUUGCAGGUGCUCCGACAGAUGGAUCCUCACAUCGCUGCUUAUGUUGACAAUAUAGGAUUAGAAAAAUGGGCUCGUCCUUAUUGUCUAGGAGACAGGUACAACAUCAUGACAAACAACGCUGCAGAAAGCCUUAACAACGUGACUGAAGAAUUCCGGGCAUAUCCAAUAACUACUCUAGUUGAGUUCAUAAGGUUCACACUACAAAAUUGGUUUGCUAACCGUCUCGAGAAGGCAAGUAAGUGUGUUACCCCUUUGGCAACUCAUUUUGAGGAAGAUUUGAUAAAGCAACACGAGGAUGGUAGACGUAGAAGUGUCCUACGUAACGGUGCAUAA